AUGUCUGAGGAUGCGGCAAAAUGUCCCCCCUACUGCUCAGAUCGCGACCUAGAAAUUAUUAAACAGUCUGAGGCUGCGCAAGGCCUGCUCAAGAAAAAUGUUCUUCAGCGAAGCGUCUUCUCCGAAGCUGAAAGGCAAAGUGUUCAGUUUACCGAGAUCGAGCAAUUCCGUACGUAUUGGACCCAGAUAACUGCCGCGCAGGAUUGCUUCGAAGAUGCGCACAAAACAGGAUGCGGGCUUUUUGCCCGGCGGUACCAGUCAUCGGCAGAGUUGGUGCUGGGGUUUAUGGAUGACUUCAAUCCGAUAGUGACUGCCGUCAAGAACUUCGCUGCGCCGUAUGGUGGGCUUGCUAUCGGUGUCAUCUCUCUUGUCUUCGUGAAGUCCCGUUUUUGGCCCCAGGUAGCCCAGAAGAAGGAUACAGUAGAGAAGACGCUGGCGUCCACAAUCGCAGAGAUUCGCAAGAGAUUGCCUGGCAUCGACCUAUAUCGGCACAUUUAUGACGAGGACCACCCACUCGACCACGCCAUGCAAGCGCAGAUCGUGGCCGCCUAUCAAAGCUUCAUCAAGUUCUGCAUCGUCGCCGUCGAUUAUUAUAAGUCCUACAGUGCUCAAUUGCGAGACCAACUCACCAACGGGGAUAAAGAUGCUUUUGAGCAGACCUUCAAACUCGACAUCUUCUCCGAGGAGUUGCAUCAGACAGAACUGGCAGCCUACAGUCAAGACCUGGCCAACGACCCAGAUUUUAACUACAAUUACCUGCACCAACUCCACGGCACUGGUCUCGAUAAUUUCAUGAGCAGCGGCAGGUACAAGCAGUGGGAUCAUUCCUUUGGCCCGUGUUUGCUGAUCCUAUCCGGCCGCAACUACAUGGGCCUCCCCUCGCCGCAAUGCUGGCUGUCGCGGGUGGCCAUCGCCACGAUCGAACGCCAGCGAGCAUUCUCUUCAGCCUACUGUGCGCACUACAUUAUCCCUCUACAUGGGGCAACAUUAUACCAGGUGCUCCCCAGCAUCUUGCUGCAGCUUCUUGCUAAGAAGAAGAACAUGCUUCGGAUGGAUGAUCAACGCGAUGGUCUCCGUGCGGAGCUCCACGCGUUUCGGAAGGCUGAGCUGUCAGCAAUUCCCAACAAAUAUGGGAACGAUAGCAAGACAGAUGCCCUUAUGAAUAUCGCACGGCGCGUGGUAGGGUUUUUCGAUGCAGGCGAUGAAGUAUAUAUUGUUGUCGAUCGGGUAGACCUUUGCACUGAUCAUAUCGGCGGAUAUGACCACCGGAAGUCGUUGCUGGAGGGGCUAGUGCAGAUGGGGGACUUGGCCCGGUGUAGACUCAGGACCCUCGUUGUGAUCAACCGGUCCCUCUGGAACUUUGAGGACCACCAGUGCGAACUAACAAUCCCAGUACCGGAUCGGCUCAUCUUACAUAGAAUGGAUCAAACGCCGUUCACACCGCCCCCUUGGUAG